AACGUUGAUGGAGUAGAGAUUGUACGAGAGAUAUCCCAAUCUCUUCAAAAGAUGAAAGGGUUGGACAAAGUGUAUGCAAUUACUGGUGCAAAAGUGCCAAUAGUGAAGUUUUGGUGCCCGAAAUUUGGUUUUGAGGGAGACAUCAGCUACUACAAUGUCUUAGCUCUGUACAACACACAAUUGCUGCGGACCUACUGUUCAUGGGAUCGACGAGUGGCCCCGGUUGGUAUAUGGGUGAAACGGUGGGCGAAAUCAUGCGAUAUCGGAGAUGCAUCACGUGGCUCGCUGUCGUCGUACGCUAUAAUCAUUCUUCUAAUUCACUACCUUCAAAACUGUGAUCCGCCAGUUUUGCCUCGCCUGCAAGAGGACUUUCGCAAUGGUGACGUGAAACCGAUUUUGGUUGAAAACCAUGAUGUGUACUAUCAUAGAAUACUGCCUGAUAACUUUGAAUGGUCAGAGAAUAGGUUGUCCGUGGCGCAGCUGUUUGUUGGUUUCUUGGAUUACUACGCUCACUUCGAUUUUGAUACGCAGGUAGUACAAAUUCGCCGCAAGAAGCCGCUGCUAAAAAUGGAAAAAGAUUGGAACCGUUCGAUGUGCAUUGAAGACCCAUUCGAUCUCAACCAUAAUUUAGGAUCUGGAGUUUCAAGGAAAAGUGGGAUCAUUUACAAAUUUUCAUCUCGUUAUUUGCAUUCUUGUACUUGCGGAAGCUGUUUUAGUGUUUGUAUUCAUUGCGCGCAAUAUCCACAAUUCUCGGAAACGUUUCAUGCUGUCAGACAUUCGUCGUGA